UAACAGUGCGCCCAACCCAAACGCACGAAAAAGAAAAGAAGAAAAUUAAAUAAAGCGGAUGGAAGGGACUGACUGACGAUGAUAGCUGCUCCGGUAGGAAGAGCUCUCGUGCUUCUUCUUCCCCCCGCCUCCACUUUCCCUCCCCCUCCUUCUCCUCCUCCGCCCCUUCUCUUCUCUCCCUUCAAUCGCCGCCGCUCCUCCGCCUCCUCACUCCUCCCCUCCUCCGGUAUCUUGAGAGCGAAUUCUAAAAGAUCUGUUCUGGCUCCGAGGUCUCGGACGAUAUCAGCCAUGGCAAACGAUGAAGAAACCCUUGGCAGUCUAAAGAAGCAGCUGGCCAAACUAUUUGAAGCAUCGCUUAGGGUGACAGUCCCGACCGAGACAGAUGUAGAGCCUCUAGUUGCUGCUUGCACUGGAAAUUUUGGUGAUUACCAAUGCAAUAAUGCCAUGAGCCUAUGGCCCCGGAUAAAAGGAAAGGGAACUGAAUUCAGGGGUCCACCAGCAGUUGGGCAGGCUCUUAUGAAAAAUAUUCCUCAGUCUGAGAUGAUAGAGAAAUGCUCUGUAGCAGGACCUGGAUUUGUGAAUGUCGUUAUAUCAAAGAAUUGGAUUGCAAAGAGUAUUCAAAAGAUGCUAACUCACGGAAUUGGAGAAUGGGCACCAAGGCUGUCAAUACAAAGGGCAGUGGUAGACUUUUCGUCUCCCAAUAUAGCCAAAGAAAUGCAUGUUGGCCAUUUAAGAUCUACAAUUAUUGGAGACACAUUAGCCCGCAUGCUUGAGUUUUCCAAUGUUGAAGUUCUGCGUCGAAACCAUGUUGGUGACUGGGGAACUCAAUUCGGAAUGUUGAUUGAGUUCCUUUUCGAAAAGUUCCCAAACUGGGAACAUGCAAGUGAAACUGCCAUUGGAGACUUACAGGCCUUCUAUAAAGCAUCAAAGCAGAGAUUUGAUGAGGAUCCCGUUUUCAAGGAACGGGCACAAAAGGCUGUUGUGAAACUCCAGGGUGGGGAGCCAAAGUACCGCAAGGCAUGGACACAGAUUUGUGAUAUAAGCCGAAGUGAGUUUGCUAAGGUCUAUCAGCGCCUUGGAGUUACGAUAGAGGAAAAGGGUGAAAGCUUCUACAACCCGUAUAUUCCUGGGGUGCUGGAAAAAUUGAGCAAUCUAGGACUAAUUGAAGAAAGCCAAGGUGCUCGUGUGAUAUUUCUUGAGGGGUUCAAUAUACCUCUUAUUGUUGUAAAGAGUGAUGGCGGUUACAACUAUGCGUCAACUGAUCUCGCAGCUAUUUGGUAUCGUCUCAAUGAAGAAAAAGCUGAGUGGAUCAUAUAUGUAACUGAUGUUGGUCAGUCCCAACACUUUGAAAUGGUGUUUAAGGCGGCCAAACGAGCUGGUUGGCUUCCUGCUGACAAUAAUUCAUAUCCCAGGGCAAACCACGUUGGAUUUGGUCUUGUUCUUGGUGAAGAUGGAAAAAGAUUUCGAACUCGAAACACUGAAGUGGUUAGACUCGUGGAUUUACUUGAUGAAGCUAAGACUCGCAGUAAAGCUGCUCUUAUAGAACGUGGCAAGGAUAAGGAGUGGACAGAGGAUGAGCUCGAGCAGACUGCCGAGGCUGUUGGUUAUGGUGCUGUUAAGUAUGCGGACCUGAAGAACAACAGACUUACCAACUACACAUUUAAUUUCGAUCAGAUGCUCAAUGAUAAGGGAAAUACUGCUGUUUAUUUACUGUAUGCUCAUGCCCGGAUCUGCUCAAUAAUCAGAAAAUCUGGUAAAGAUAUGGAGGAACUGAAGAAAACUGCAGAGAUAUCAUUGGAUCAUCCCGAUGAGCGUGUGCUAGGCCUUCAUUUACUACAGUUUGCUGAGAACGUGGAAGAGGCUUGCACAAAUCUUCUGCCCAACGUGCUCUGCGAGUACCUCUACAAUCUAUCAGAAAAUUUCACAAAGUUUUAUUCAAACUGCCCGGUCAUUGGAAAGCCAGAGGAAGCGAGUAGGUUGCUGCUGUGUGAAGCAACUGCAGUCGUUAUGAGGCAAUGCUUCCAUCUCCUCGGGAUUGUGCCAGUCUACAAGAUAUAACUACUGCACAAGACCAACUAUCUAAAACCUCAACCACCUAUAACCUGUGGUUAAAUUAUCAGUAGGUUGGGAUACAAUUUUAUUGGUGUGAGAGCAGUUGAGAGGGUAAACACGGAAUUGCGAAACCGGAAUGUCCAAUUAUUCGAAUAUAUUGAAUGCAGAUAAGAUAUUAGGGUAUAUGAAUAGCAAACCCAUUCUCUCUUGUGCCUGAAAACAUGGCAGUCUCGUCUGAUCAUUAUUCACUAUAUUCGAAUAAUUGAAAAUUCUGGUUUCACUAUUCUGUGUCUACCCUCUCAACUGCUCCUGCACCAGUAAAAUUGUAUCCCGACCUAGUGAUAAUUCAACCACAGGUCUUAGGUAGUUGAGGUUUAGAUGAGCUUCCCCCUUUCGGGAGACAUUCUGCUAUUCGAAUUUUUUGCAAUUAACAGGGAUACAUGGAGUGGAUUAGUUGAAUGCUGUCUCAUUCAUUACCAGUGAUGUUGGCCACAUCUUUAAACACGACCAUUCAAAGUUUUGACACGACUGGUAGGUACAUCCACAGUGGAGAGGUUUUUCUUGCCGUAACUGAUUAUGCGGUAGGCGACUGGCAUCUACGAAACGUAUUGUCUUGGAAAUUUGAACAAUAUUAUCCUAGCAACGGAAAUUUGAACAAUGUUCUCCUA